AUGUCACCUGCAGCCACACUAGAAGGCAAGGUCGCCCUCGUCACCGGAUCCAGUCGUGGAAUUGGCGCGGGAAUUGCGCGAGAACUGGCCCUUCGCGGUGCCACAGUUGUGAUCAACUACCGAAGUAGCUCCGCCACCGCGCAAGAGGUGGUCGGUGACAUCACCACCAAUGGUGGUGUAGCAAUCAGCAUUCAGGCCGACAUUUCUGAUCCCCGUGAGAUCCACACACUCUUCCAAGAGAUCCAAGCUCGACUGGGGCGUAUCGACAUCGUGGUUUCCAACUCGGGAGUCGAACAUUUCGGUAAGAUCUCCCAAGUCAGCCCCGAGGCAUUCGACCGCGUCUUCAGCGUCAACACCCGUGGCCAGUUCUUUGUCGCACAGGCUGCCUUCGAACAUCUGUCUGACAAUGGCCGUCUGAUCUUGACGUCAAGCAUCUCAGCCCACGUGCCGCUCGUGGAGCAUGCGGUUUACGCCGGGAGCAAGUGCGCUGUCGAGGCAUUCGCGCGGUGCCUCGCGCCAGAAUUUGGCGCCCGAGGCAUCACGGUCAAUAGUAUCGCGCCCGGUGGGGUGAAAACCGAUAUGGCGGCAGAGGUUGGAUACAAGUACAUCCCCGGGGCUGAUGCAUCCUGGAACAUCAAUGAUAUUGACGCAUUUGUCUCGGCUCGUACCCCGAUGGGUCGCAUGGCGAUUCCCACCGACAUCGCCAAAGUGGUAGCUUUCCUGGCUUCAGAUGAUGCCCAGUGGCUGAGUGGUCAGAAUAUCACCAUCUCGGGGGGAGCAACGGCAUAG